AUGAUCGAAACGAAACAAUGUAUUCAGCGUGGUGAAAAUUUGAAACGAGUACAAAAAAAGAGAGAAAAAAUUGCCACAUUGACUAGAGAGCAAUUGAAGAAACUGGAACCCGGUCGAGCCGUAUAUCAAAGUGUUGGACGGAUGUUUGUUUUAACAACACUAGAUUCGGAAAUUAAACGACACGAUGACGAGAUAAAGAAGGCGAAUGAUAAGAUAGCUGCGAUUGAUAAGCAAAAAGAAUAUCUGGAAAAGAGUUUAGCGGAAUCGGAGAAGAAUCUCAGGGAAUUGGUUCAGUCGAGACCGUGA